UAUAGAGGACUCGUACUCGCAUCGUACUCGUACAUUCAUGCUAAUUCUAUCAAUGCUACAUUUAUUAAUGGACGUGUGUACAGUGUGCAUAUGCAUGCAGAUAAACAUAACCUUUUUUAAAAGUUAAAAUACCAAAAUCUAUCAGUUGUAAAAUUAAAUACAUGAUCCCUAAUGAUGGAAUCUCUGCAAGAAAUUUCUCAAUAUUUGUGUCGUGAUGCACGAUUGGAUUUGAAAGUCAUUGCAUUGGAAUAUAUACUCGGCGUCACAGCAACUGUCGAUGGUCGAGAACUCCUGUUGAAGCUACCAGAAAUAUUGAAACAGCUUGUUAUUCUCGUGCAAGAUUCUUCUAUUCCUAUUAGAAAAGAUGCUAUACUGACGUUGGUAAAUAUUACCGGAGAUGAAUCAGGAACCAAUGCAAUGCUGAUUAUUUCGGAGUCAAGUAAUUCGAUAAAGGAACAAGAAUAUAGUCUGAAUUUAAUAGAAGUUUGUUUAAGGAUUAUAAUGGAUAAAUCCAGCACCUUGGCAGAUCCAUGUUGUAUGAUACUUUCCAAUAUGACAAGACCACUAUAUUUAGUGGAUAGAAUCAUAGCACUCAUUGAACAAAGUGGUUAUACCUGGGACACAAUAGUGGCUGCAUUUACCGCUAAGCAGUAUAAUACUACAAGUGCUAAAUUGCACUAUCUUGGACCUGUUUUUAGCAAUCUUAGUCAAUCAUCGCAUGUAAGAAGAUAUUUGAUGGAUCGAGAUCGUUGUGUUAUUCAACGGCUUCUUGCAUUUACAGAAUAUUCUGAUAGUAUAAUUAGGCGAGGCGGUGUCAUUGGUACUUUGAAAAAUUGUACGUUUGAUACAGAAAAUCAUAUAUGGUUGCUGAGUCCAGAAGUGGAUUUAUUAUCAUAUUUAUUGUUGCCACUUGCUGGUCCAGAAGAGUUCGACGAUGAAGAUAAUGAUAAAUUGCCAAUUAAUCUGCAGUAUCUUCCUGAAACAAAGACUCGAGAACCUGAUCCAGAUAUAAGACUUAUGCUUUUAGAAACAUUAAACCAACUUUGCGCAACGAAAGUGGCGAGAGAAAUAUUGAGGGAAAAGAAUACAUAUAUCAUACUUAGAGAACUUCAUAAAUGGGAAAAAGACAAGAGUUGUUUAUUGGCAUGUGAAAAUGUUGUGGAUAUCCUGAUAAAAACCGAAGAAGAAAUUGGUUUAGAUAACUUGAAGGAAGUAGAUGUGCCAUCUGAAUAUACAAAAAAGUUUGAUAAGAUAAGUAAAGAUUUUAUUAACAAUACAUAGUGCAAAAAUUGAUAUAAAUAUGUAUAAUAUUUUGUAAAUAUUGCACGUACAACAAUACAUACGAUACUUAAUGCUAUCUAAUGAAAAUGUAAUUAUAAAAAUAUGGUAUUUCUCAUAACACAUUCAACUCUUUGUAUCGUAUUUGUCACGAUAUUGCACUGUCCCGUUUUUUAUUAUUAAUAAUAAGUUAUCAGGUCCAGCGUAGCAAAAAACAUUCAAUAACUUAAUCUUUUUAUCGCAUACAAAUAACCGUAAAUCUUUGAAAUUGAAAUAAAAGCACAAAUAAUUUCUAUAUCCUGUAACUUAUACUAAAGAUGAAACAGGUACGCGAGUAAGUAGUUGCAUAUUUCAUAAUAUUUAUCGAGACACGACUAAUAGAAUCACGAUAUGUUCAUGACUGAUCUUUUUCCAAAAUAUGAUACGAAUGGCAAGCUGUUACGAGACACAUGUAUAUUAUAGUAUCAGUUAUUUUAAGUAUUCUUUUUCGUAGAGAUAAUUUGUGGAUUCUUC